AUGGUCAACAUUGGACAAAUACACCAGACAAAGUCUCUGAAACAGUUUGUCUACUCAGUCUUGCAGGGUGGUGUGUGGGCAGCGCUGCUCUGGCCCUGUCUGCUCUCCCUGGGUGUCCCUCUGGAGUGUAAGGAUGAGCAGGGCAGCAUCACACGCUGUGCCUCCAUCUCCCAGGAGAAACUACUGGACCGGGUCAUCCAACAUGCCGAGCUCAUCUACCGCGUCUCUGAGGAGUCCUGUACUCUGUUUGAGGAGAUGUUUGUCCCUAUCCCCAUGCGCUCCCAGAGGAACCAGGCAGGAUACACGUGCGCCACCAAAGCCUUCCCCAUCCCCGGCUCCAAGAGUGAAAUCCAGCAGAUCUCGGACAAGUGGCUCCUUCACUCUGUCCUAAUGCUGGUCCAGUCCUGGAUUGAGCCAUUGGUGUACCUGCAAACCACCUUGGAUCGUUAUGACGACGCCCCUGACACUCUACUCAACAAGACCAAAUUGGUGUCGGAAAAACUCCUUAGUUUAGAACAAGGAGUCGUGGUCCUCAUCAGGAAGAUGCUGGACGAGGGCAUGCUGACCACCUCCUACUACGAGCAGGGCGUGGCUCCAUACGACAUGCAGUCUGAGGUGCUGGAGUCAGUUCCGAGGGACUACACUCUUCUCAGCUGCUUCAAGAAGGACGCGCACAAGAUGGAGACCUUCCUCAAGCUCCUCAAGUGUCGCCAGACUGACAAAUACAGCUGUUUCCUUUACUAGAGAACAACUAUUCCCACCCCAUUCGAACCCCUACUAUUAUAUGGACUAAACAAGACACUACCCCUCAAUAAUGAGGCUAGCAUUAAACAUUUUAACUCCCUGCUUCUGGUGCCCCCGCAUUUGCCGUAAACACAUAGUGAGGUCGAAUGAUAUGACCACUGCCUUAGGGUGUCUAACCUCAUGCCUGGUGCAUUACAGUAUGUUAGCAACUGACUGUUUCCAAACAUUUUCGUAUAUGCAACACUAAGUAGGUGUAAUGGUUUGCCACUUUAUUUGAAAAGCUGCAUUUUAUAUGUUCCUUUAUAUAUUUUUAACCUGGCAAGGCGAAGUCCCAAAGGAUGAUUUGCAUCUUGCUCUAUGAAAAAAAAAAAUCUGCAUAUUUUGCGAUUGAUUUCAAUUUCCUUUGUUCUUAACUGGAGUUUGUAUUCCUCCCUGGUUCUGCACUAUUUUGAUUAUUUCUGUGGCCCCUUGUGUAUUCGGAGAGAUCCUGUUCUUCUAGUUGAGCUGGCUUCACCUCUGCAUUAGUGAAAUGGAACACACUCGGUAGGAAACCGGAGUCAAAGGAAGCUACAGACAAAGAGAAGAGCUGGAGAUAUUCUGACAGGGAGAGAAGAGAUCAAAAAAAUAAGAGCGUACUGCAGGAGGAAUUGGAGAGGAGAGUACAAAAAUAUAUAUGUUUGUUGGACAGGAUAUGAAUUUGCAUUAUUUUUAAUUAUGCCCAUACCAGAUGGUGUUUAUCUCAAAUUUACACAGAGGUCAGAAUGAGGUCUAAGUAAGGACUAUUUUUAGAGUGUAACAUACCUUGAUGAUGCGUGUAACUGGCAAGACAAAAAUAGUAAAAAAAAUUUGUCAUGAUAGUCACUAAACAUUUCCCAGAAUUUAUGGAAGUUAUGGAAUCAUACUUUUUGUCAAUUUGAUGGACAAUCGAUUUGUCUUUACUAUUUUAAAUGGAACAUUGCUGGAGGGUUAGCAUGAAACUGUUCCAUUGGUCCAAUGGUAAUGCUUAGCAAAUAGUAGAGGUAUUCAUGUGCCAUAAACAAAUUAAAGGACAUAACAAUCAGUCACUGAAGAGUUGCAAGAAGGGAAUUUUCCCUGAACUGAAAUGUUGGCUUUGUGAGAAUGCUUUUGGUCAAAGAUAUGGUUCAAAAAAUAUUCUUAGCUAUGCAGAGAAGCUAGAGGAAGUAUCUCUGAAGGACGACGAAAUGGAAGAGAGAAAAAAAAAAACUGACAGACAGACUAAUUACAAACUUGGAUUAAAAGCUCCUGUCUACAACCCCAAGGCACCAUAUUAAACACAUCCUCUAGAGUUGUUGUAUCCCUAUGGCAACACUGAUGGUCUGUUAUUAAGGAAAACAUUGUAAGGGUGGAAAGGGGUACACUGCCCAACACCCCUGCCCUAUAACCCAUCAUCGCUUCUCCUAAUACUAAAGUAUAUCUGGUUUCAGGAAAAUGACUCACCUUUUCUGCUGUAAGAGCUCAAAGCUUCCCUUACAGUAACUAGGCAAUAUGUCAACAUUUUCCUUUUUCUCAUGAAAAAUGUGUUCCUUGAAAAUGUCUCAGUUGUAAAAUUAUCUGUAGAUAAUAAUUACAUGUAUUACAAGCCACGUUACCAAAUUACGGCUUUACUAGAA